AUGCUUGUUAAGAAUGUUAAGGAAAAAUACGAAAUUUUUUCAUUUAAAAUUAAAUCGGCAGAAUCAGCAAUACCAAAAGCUUGGAUUUUGGAGAGAUCAAUUGACGGUAAUAAUUACGAGCCUUGGCAGUACUUCGCUGCAGAUGAUGCUGAUUGUAUGUCACGUUACAAUUUAUCCGGUCGUAACGCGAAUUAUAUUUUCAAAGAUGAAAAAGAAGUCAUUUGUAGCACGGAAUUCUCAGAAUCAACAAGAUUGAAAUAUGGAGAAGCAAAGUUUUUAGUACUCAAUCAAAGGCCAAUGGAAUCGCUAACUUCAAAUUUAAUUAACUUCACUCUUGCACGAUUUAUUCGUGUUCGCCUGCAGGGAAUGUUAAAAAAUAUCAGCGAAAUCGAAAGCGAACGUUCAAUAAAAUGGGAACCAGAUGAAGAUGAUUUAGAAAAACGAAGAUAUUAUUCAAUUCAAUCGAUCAUUGUUUUGGGUCGUUGUCACUGUUCAGGUCAUGCUGGAAAAUGUCGCGAACAAAUUGAUGAAAAUGAUAAAAACUUUAAUAAAUUGCCACAAUGUGAAUGCAUGCACAACACAUGCGGGAAAAAUUGCGAGAAAUGUUGUCCAAUGUACAAUCAGAAACCAUUUCGUAUUGGAACACCGCAAAAGGAGAAUCGUUGUGAGAAGUGUCAAUGCUAUGGUCAUGCUUCGGAAUGUCGUUACAGCCCCGACAUCGAUAAACGCAAUUUAAGCAUAAAUAUCAAAGGAAAAAUGACUGGUGGUGGGGUUUGUUUGAAUUGUACAAAAAAUACCACAGGAAUAAAUUGUGAAAAAUGUUUACCAAACUUCUUCCGUCCAAACAAUCGACCACCAGAUCAUGAAGAACCUUGCAUCCCAUGCAAAUGCAACAGUAAAGGUUCAGUGGGCGCAUGCAAUCCAAUUGGCGGCGAUUGCAUCUGCAAACCUGGUUUUGCUGGUCCAAAUUGUGAUCAUUGUGACAUUGGUUUCAGCGGUGAAAAUUGCGAAAAGUGUUCUUGUGACAACAGAGGAAUAUUGCCAGGUGGAGAAUGCGAUGAAGUUUGUCAUUGUAAAAUGUUUGUCAAAGGUGAAAAAUGUGACAAAUGUGUUGAUGGCUAUUUUGGGUUGAAUAAAGAAAAUCCUGAAGGAUGUUCAAAAUGUUUCUGUUCAGGUAUUGCAACAACAUGUGAGAGUUAUGAAGUUAAGAGAAAUUUCACAGAAACAUUGGACGGCUGGUCAGUAACUGACAUCUCAAAGACUCAAAUCGCUUAUCCAACCCGUGACAAUGAAACUGGUUACAUGGUGUUUGGAAUGUAUGAAUUAGCUGAUGUUGAAGCAGUUUAUUGGUCAGCACCGGAAGUUUAUCUUGGAAAUCGACUUGAAAUGAAAGAUAUCAUAACAAGAUUAAGAAGAACUGAAUAUCGUGGUGACCCUGUGACGAGAACUCAAUUUAUGUCAGUAUUGACCAAUGUUGACAGCAUUCUUAUUCGUGGAACUUAUCAUACAGAUCAAGCAGAAGGAAUUUUAAGACGUGCGACACUAUAUUCUGGUGAUAUUAGCAGUUCAAAUGACAUCAUUCAAGUUGAAGCUUCAAAUGUUUUUAGUCUUGUCGAGAAGUGUCAUUGUCCCCGAGGUUACGAUGGACUUUCAUGUGAAGAAUGCACUUUUGGUCACAUAAAAAUUUACGAUAAUUCAACCACACACGAGAAAAUUAUAAAAUGUUUACCAUGUAAUUGCAACGGUCAUUCAGAAUCAUGCAACGUUGAAACCAAUGAAUGUGGUGAAUGCGCACACAACACGAUAGGUGAAAGAUGCGAAGAAUGUAAAAUUGGCUUCUAUGGAAAUGCUUUGAUUGGUACAUCAACUGAUUGCAAGCCAUGUGCGUGUCCGUUGAUUGAUGAGUUAAACAACUUUAGUCCAACGUGUGAACUUAAAGAAUCAUUUGAAACAAAUGGUGUGAUGCUCGAAGAAAUGUCGGAUUAUUUUUGCAAUAACUGCAGUGUUGGUCAUUUCGGUGAUCAUUGUGAAUUAUGUGCUGAUGGUUAUUAUGGAAAUCCUAUGGAAUUGGGCUCACGAUGCCUUGCUUGUCCGUGUGAUGGUAAUCCUUGUGAUUCAAUUACGGGAAAGUGUAUAAAAUGUGAAGUAAACACUGAAGGUUGGCGAUGUGAAAAGUGCAAAAAAGGAUUCUUUGGUGACCCAAAAGUUGGUUGUCAAAUAUGCGAAUGUUCGGAUUAUGGUGCAGUGAAUAAUUUGUGUAAUGCCAGCGAUGGUAAAUGUUCAUGCAAUUCAAAUUAUGAAGGGCAAUUAUGUGAUCAAUGUGCCUUUGGAUAUGCAAACGUUUCAUUACAUUGCCCUCCAUGUGAAUGUAAUCAAAACGGAUCGAUUGAUGAAAAUUGUGAUCCGAUAAGUGGCCAAUGCUUGUGUAAAUUAAAUGUGAAUGGCCUCAAAUGCGACACAUGUGACGAAUUAUAUUUUGGAUUAUCGGCGAAUGGAUGCGAAGGUGAGUUUUUAUUAUUAUUAUUAGCUUUUAUAAUUUUGAAGACUUAA